UGACGAAAGGAUCAACACGGGGUUGCGGGUGUCGCUCCCUCGCGGCCGCGGGGCUGUCAGCUCCACAGGACCUCCACCACCACCACCACCACACACACUGUCUGUACAGAGGGGCACAGGAGCACAGCCCACACAUCACAUCGAUGCGUGAUGCCUGGUGUGCUGCAGAGACCCCUCAAACUUGUCUAUGAGGGCAAGUUUGUGGACAGGGCACCCCAGUUAAAGGCAGCGGGAAAAUUAGUACCUCUUUCAUCAACCGCAUCAGAAUGUCUCAAGGAAAUACAGCCCAGGCCUAUUACACCAGCUGUGGUUAAAAAGUUCACAAGCAGCAGUCACCCUAAACCUGGUGCUAUCAGAGUUUUCUAUGGCAAAGCGAAUGAUCCAGUUGUACCAUUGGGACUGAGCCAUGGCAUUAUUUCUGAAAUCUCCGAUAAUGUUAAAACAUUGGUAAAUCCCCCCAUCAGGACUUGGGUUCAGCAAAACAUUUUAAAUGAACAUGAAAGACUUUAUUCAACCAAUCAGCGAGCACCAUUGGGCAAGUCGUAUGAUCAAGCUUCAAGAUUACCCAAAGGGGUAGAUGUGUACAAAACCACGUUUGGUAAAAAAUUACUCAGAGAUAUCACUGCCAGAGAACUUGUAAAUCCACAAAAAUCAUGGGCACAGGUGGAUAAAGAAGCACAAGAGGGACAUCCAUUAUAUGUUUUAACACACAAUGAUUACAAACCCGAAGAGCAAGUGGACAGAAAGUAUUCCUGGACAAGAUGUAACAAAUACAGCACAUUCGGAAUACAGACUCCUCAUUUUAAUGAUGGACGAAAUAUUAAAAAACCAUUGAACUGGCUCCAAGAGGAGCAACUAAAAAAAGGAGCAAAGAUUAUAUCAAAAAAACUUGCUAAUUUUAGAGAAAAAACACAGCAUCAACUUGGAAAAGGCCUUGAUCCAAUUGCGGAUACCAUGAGGGUUUCCCCUGAUCACACAUUUGGUGUUUUACUGCAUCCUGACGAGUAUGGUGUUGAAGAACUUAUUCAUUAUAGGAAUCCAGACACCUUUGUUCAUGGGAACAGGAGACAUAAAUCAAUCUUCAACGCUGCAAGGCUGCACUUGAAGAAUGCUAACUUCCUCAAUUUCCACUCCUUGCUUGAAGGCUUUCGGCAUUAUGACAAGAAUGGUGAUGGAAAGAUUGACAGAGAAGAGCUACGAGAUGUCUUUUUACAGUUUAAAUUGGAUUUAGAGCCUGCACUCAUUGAUGAAUUAAUUCAAUACUGUGACCAGGAUGGGGAUGGCACAAUCAACUUUUUGGAAUUUGCAAAUUUUUUGAACCAUAAAGAUAGAAUGCCACUUGGAAAAUUGGAAGAAGCGAUUAUUACAAAAGAUCACCUGUCGCCUGAAUGUGUGCCUAUGAAGGAUGCACUAGUGGAACCUGGAGAUGUGGUACCAAUAGAUAUUGGCAGUUCAAUCAAGACAUUAAGAACUGUACCAAAAGUUAAAGAUUGGGCUUGUGAUGAAUUCCGUACUUCUGCUUCAGAGAUCAAUGCAGUAGUAGGGGGUCGGUCUACAGUCAAUGAUCGUGCAUAUGGUAUACCUACUAUCCGUACCGAUAUCCCAGCCCCUCGAUUUCGCAGCAUCAGUGAUCGGGUUAACUAUGGUGAUGAGUCAAAUGCUCAAGGCUUGCUGAAUCCCACUAUAUUUGCUCAAAGGGGUGUAUACGAGAAAGACAUUUUUAUGUCAAGGUCCAAAUCAGAGAUUGUAAGCAUAUUUUGCGCCAUGGGAGUGGAUCUUCCCAAGGAGAGUUUUGAUCAGGUGUGGGAGCUAGCUGCUCAGAAACAUCCCGAGGGAAAAGUGUGCGUGGAGACAUUCCGUAAUGUUUUGGAUGAAAUGCAAGCAUCAUAUAUUUUAUCUUGUUGAUUAAAGUGAAUUUCAUUACAGAAUUUAAGAUCUUUUAUUUUACACGCAUUGCAUAUGCAGUUUCAUGAUUAUGUAAGCAAAUUAGUCAUGUACUUUGUUUUACUACCAGAAAUAAAGACUCCACUUGGACAAAA